GUUAGUGAUUCAUCAACAAAAAUGGCUGACACAGGUGAGGGAGAUCAAAGAAUAUCAAGUGAAAUAGACGAACAAAAACCAGAAAGUAGCCAAGAGGUAGAGAGUGAAGAGGGUGACAAUCUUAAUUUUGAAGAUGCAAGGGAAGGAGGAAAUGAUGAAAGCUUUGGUGACAGUGAUGAGGUUGAGGAUGAACAGCUCAUGGUGAUAGAGACUCCAGAAGGAUUGACCCUUGUAGAACCAACAGAUAAUUCAUCUUUUUAUAUUGUUCAGGAACACGAAGGACAUGAAACCCCUCUAGGGAUGCCUCCUGAGCCUGAAGUCCCCCAGGAUGUUAGUAUAUCUGAAGAACUCCUAAUGAACAUCCAAAGGUUGAGAAGAAGCUCAAGCCCAGAGCUCCCUGAUACAGUAACCAAGCUUGAAACUCCUGAGGGCUGCAAAGUUUAUCUUGUUGGAACUGCUCACUUUAGUAAGGAAAGCCAAGAUGAUGUGGCAAAGACUAUUCAAGCUGUCCAGCCUGACAUAGUGCUAGUUGAACUUUGCAAAAGUCGAGUCGACAUUCUUAAAUAUGAUGAAGAAUUUCUACUCAGGGAAGCAAAGAAUAUUGACUUGCAAAAGCUGAGACUUGCUAUUAAACAUAGUGGGGUAAUAGCUGGUGUGAUGCAAGUUCUCUUACUUAGUGUGUCAGCACACAUAACCAAGCAGCUUGGAAUGGCCCCAGGUGGAGAGUUUAGAGAAGCUUACAGAGAGGCUAGGAAGAUACCAGAAUGUCAAAUUCAUUUAGGAGAUCGUCCCAUUCAGGUGACACUUUCUAGGGCAAUGGCUGCAUUGAGUAUAUGGCAAAAAAUGAAAUUAGCCUGGCAUCUUAUGAUGACUAAAGAUCCCAUUAGCGCAGAGGAUGUAGAGAGAUGUAAACAAAAGGACCUUCUAGCUGAAAUGUUGGCUGAGAUGACUGGAGAUUUUCCCACGUUGUAUAAAGUUUUUGUUUCUGAAAGAGAUCAAUACCUGGCGAGAUCACUAAGAUUAUCCGCUAUGCCCAUUGAAAUCCACAAUGCCGAUGGAGAGCCUCAAGGAGUCGUCCCCAGUGUUGUGGUGGGUGUGGUCGGAAUAGGACACGUGGAUGGAAUUACUGAUAAUUGGGAAAAGGACAUUGACGUGAAAGAACUAUUAAGAAUUCCAGAAGCAAGCAGAGCAAGUAGGCUUAUACGCCUUUCAUUGAAAGCCUUUGUAGGGAUUUUCCUCGCUUGGGGAGUUUACAAACUUGGAAAGUACACACGAAUAGGCUCGUAUAUUCCAUUCUUAAACUGAGUAAUAAUCACGGACUUGUCAAAUUGGUUUUGGUAAUAUGAGCGAAUAUGGCCUCGAAAUUAGUGAAUAUUUAAAUGUAUUUAUUCCUUCCCAAGAUAGGAAAGGGGAUUGUAAAGUGAAGGACGGAAACUGUGUUAAUCUUGAAAGGGUGAAUUUUCACAUUUCCUCGCAAGAAUACAGCCAGUAUUUGAACAAAAUCUAAAAUCUGAUGAGCAUUGUCCUCACCACCUGAACGAGAAGGAAUUGAAUGCUUUGAAUCGAUAAGAAGUAUGUUACAUCAAGGCUUUUGGAGGAAAUUUAGAGUAGAACUUUUACAAGUAAAUUUUAACAUAUCUCACUUUUAUCGUCAUUGAUUACAGAAAUUAAGAGAUAGACUGAGUUGUGCUGCUAUUAAAUUAUUUUACUGUGACAUACAUUGGUUUUUAAAGAACAUUAUAGCACCCUUUAAAAAGAUUUUGAUUUA